AUGACUAACUAUAGAACAAUCCUGAUCAAAAGAGAGAUUCAUGGGGAGACCAUUGAAAAAGUAGUAUUUGCCGUCUCUGAACUUGAAGAGGCUACCUACCAAAGGCUGCUACCUCUGUAUUUCCCAAGGUCGUUGGAGGAGGAGAGCCAGUCAUUGCCAUACCUUCCUGCGGAUAUUGGAAAUUCAGAAGUGGAGCCUGUAGUACCUGAACGGCAGAUUAGGAUAAGUGAAAAGCCUGGUGCCCCCGAGGAUGACCAGGAAGAAGAGGAGGGUUUGGGAGUUGACCUCUCUUUCAUUGGCUCUCAUGCAUUUGCUCAAAUGGAAGGAGAUAUUGAUAAGCAAAGAAGAUUGAUCCUCCAGGGACAAUUAUCAGAGGCAGCCCUACAGAAGCAGCAUCAAAGAAAUUAUAAUUGUUGGUUAUGCCAAGCAAGAUCUGAGGAUCUGUCCCAUAUUGCUUCUCUAAAAGCUUUAUACCAAACAGGUGUUGAUAACUGUGGCUGCACCGUGAUGGUGGUAGUUGGAAGAAACAUCCCUGUAACAUUAAUAGAUAUGGACAAGGCUCUCCUGUAUCUCAUCCAUGUAACGGAUCACAUCGCUGUGAAGGAAUAUGUAUUAGUGUAUUUUCACACACUGACCAGCGAAUACAAUCACCUCGACACCGAUUUCCUGAAGAAACUCUAUGAUGUUGUGGAUGUCAAGUACAAAAGGAAUUUAAAGGCUGUAUAUUUUGUUCAUCCAACAUUUCGUUCAAAGGUGUCAACAUGGUUUUUUACCACCUUUUCUGUCUCAGGACUGAAGGACAAAAUCCACCAUGUGGAUAGCCUCCACCAGCUAUUUUCUGCCAUAUCUCCAGAACAGAUCGACUUUCUUCCUUUUGUCCUUGAAUAUGAUGCUCGGGAAAAUGGGCCAUAGUAUACAUCGGAUCCCCCGUCACCAGAUUUCUGACCUGCCGUCUUCAGUGCUGCUGGUUGCCAAGAAUGCCACUUU